AAAUUCGUGGCUCGUAAGGACAUCUGUUCGGAAGCUGUGUCUGCCUAAUAUUUGUUUCUCCUCGUGGUUGACUGCCAAAGUCGGACUAGUGAAUUUGCCCGUCUUAUCCAAUCUACAGGCCGGGUAAGCAUGACUCUUGCCCGCAGAUACAUGCGUAUAUGAUCUUCAAUUCGCAAAAGCGACCAGCUGUGUCGACAAUUAAUUAGUCUAGUCGCUCCCUUAGCACUUCAGUAGCGGUAAGAAUCUGACUUCAGUUCCCUCGCUACCUUAUUUACUAUCCGUUUGUUAUCUUCCACACCGACUCUUUACACGUUUCACAGGCUGACUUGAGGAGGCGAUCGUAUUCGCAGGAGCCUCGGAGGUCUUCUCCCCUCCGUAAGGGACACAUCCUUGGCCUAUAAAUUGUCGAGAGCCCUUUGAGAGCCUCUUUGGUGGUCGAACGCUACAAGCAUGGACAAAUCUCCAGAGAAGGUCACUGAAGAAAGUGAUAUCAGUCCCGCCUUAUCCAAGGAAAUGGAGAGCCGCGAUGAAAUCAAUUCCAGUAUUAGCCAAGACGAGAAAGCAAGCAGUAAAACCACCACUACGCUUGCACAGCCAGAAAAUGAUGCCUCCAAAGCUCCUGGUUCCCAAGUAGUAGAGGUGCAAGAUAAAGAGGGGAAGAAAACUGAUUACACAGCCAAAGCGAACAAUAAAAAUUCCUUCAAACAUUACUUUGUAUAGUCAUCCAUCCCGGUUCCCAAGCUUUACUAACAAUCUCUAGCGAGUCUUUGGUUAUUCAAAUAAACUGGAUAGAUUCCUUAUUGUCAUUGCGAUAGUGACGCAGAUUGGUACUGGAGCUGUAUGUAGCAAUCGUUUUAGAGCAUCUUCUCAUUCUAAUAGAAUACAGACUUUACCUUUGAUGAACAUUAUCUUUGGUUCACUUGUUGGCGACUUUAACAAUUAUUUUGUUCCCGGCUCGGGUGUGACAAGGCAACAAUUCAAUAGGUCUCUCAACAAGCAAACGUAAGCAUUACUUCCUUUUUCGCAUGUUUUGACAUAACAUUUUUGAUACCACUAUUUGAUUUGUGCUUGCCACCUUUGAUUUACUAUCGGACUCUUAUAACUUCAAGAAACUGACAAGAUAUAGCUUGUACAUUGUCUAUCUAUUUAUCGGUCGUUGGUCUCUCAGUUACAUCUCCAUGUACAUCUUCAGAGUGGUGGGAAUCCGCAUGUCCGCCAAAAUCCGACUUCACUACCUCCAAGCACUCUUCGCCCUACCCAUCUCAGUCAUCGACACCUUACCAACGGGACAAGCAUCCAAUACCAUCACCACCACCGCCAACGUCCUCCAAAUCGGAAUUUCCGAGAAACUGGGAAUGAUAUUCCAGUUCUCGGCGCUCGUGUGUACAGCACUCAUCAUCGCCUUCAUUUACAGUGCUCUAUUAACAGUAGUAACCGCCUCCAUCAUCGUCUUCCUCGCUCUAGUCUAUGGAAUCCUCGUCCCCAUCAUUCUGAAACACGAGAAAGAAGUUCAAUUCGCCGAUGAGAAAGCAGCUUCCAUAGCCGGAGAAACCCUCAGCUCCGUGCGAAUGAUCAUCGCCUGUGGAGCCGAAGGCCGCAUUGCCUCGAAGUUCUCGGGCUGGGUCGAGGAAGCUAGAAAGAGAGGAAUCAAACAAGGUCCCUUUAUGGGAGUACACCUGGCGCCAAUUUUCUUUGCUGUCUUUGCGACUAUGGCUUUGAGUUUCUGGUUUGGAUUCAAGCUGUAUGCUCAGGGGAAGGUGGAUGAUGUUAGUACUAUCGUGAUUUGCUUGAUGUCUGUUAUGAUGCUUAGUUUUGCUGUUGGUGAGUUUUCCAGACUGCUGUUGCUUACUUCAAGGAACUGAAACCAGACAACGAAAUAUUGACAUUCAUCUAGCUCAAACCGCCGCACCAAUCAUGGCAGUUGCGAAAGCUUCCGCAGCAGCAACGGAUUUCUUCGCAGUCAUUGAUGCUCCUAAACCCAAAAAAACCGGUCUCUCUGCCCCAGAUGUUUCUCCGCGUGAAGACAUCCUACUCGAUUCUGUUACGUUCGCUUACCCAUCUCGUCCUCACAACAAAGUCCUCGACAACCUAUCCAUGAAAUUCGAAGCCGGAAAAAUCACGGCAAUCGUUGGUGCUUCAGGUAGUGGAAAAAGUACCAUCGUCGGUCUGUUAGAAAGAUGGUACGAACUCGACAACAACUCCAUCUUCAAGAUCCCCGAAUCAGUAAUGCUCGAUGAAAAAGAGAAGAAGAAACGCGAAGAGGAGAAAAAGAAAAAGGCCGAGCUUGAAGAGACCAAGGAACCGGAUGUGGAACUCUCGGGACGCAUCCUGGUUGGAGGGAAGAAUUUGGAUACCUUUGAUUUGCAAUGGUGGCGUUCGCAGAUCGGAUUCGUUCAACAGGAACCAUUCAUCUUUAACGAUACGAUUCGGAAGAAUGUCGAGUAUGGACUUAUUGGCUCCGAGUGGGAGGAUGCUGAGGAGGGGGUCAAGGAUAGGUUGGUGGAGGAGGCUUGUAGGGAGGCUUUUGCGGAUGAGUAUAUUGUUAAGCUUCCGAUGGUAUGUUUACAUUCUAUGCCUAAUAUUCCCUCACUUUGUUCUACCAACCACUAAUAACCUCUUUUUCUGCCAGAAAUACGAGACUCAAGUCGGAGAUGCGGGGAUCAAGUUAUCCGGCGGUCAGAGACAGCGAUUGGCGAUUGCGAGAAGUAUCAUCAAACGACCGAAGAUCUUGAUUUUGGACGAGGCUACUAGUGCUAUCGAUGUUAGAGGAGAAAGAUUGGUUCAAAAGGCUCUUGGUUUGUCCCACUCAAAGCUUCACCCUGCCUGGUACUUGGGGUUUGGAGAACAGGCUAAUAGUUUUGUUUUCUUAGACCGUGUCGCGGAAGGUAGAACUACCGUUGUUAUCGCCCAUCGACUUUCGACCAUUCGAAAAGCGGAUAAUAUUAUAGUCUUGAGAAAGGUUCGUCUCCGACCCCUCUCCAAUUUCAUACCAGACCACAUCAAGCACCAAACUCUGAGAGUCAUUGCUAAAUAUCGAAUCAACAGGGCAAAGUAAUCGAAACAGGAACUCAUGAUAGUCUCCUUGCAAACGAGAAUGGAGCUUAUUGGGCACUCGUCAAUGCGCAGAUGCUGACUAUGGGCGAACACUUCUCCGAUGAAAAUGAUCUCACCGAAGCUUAUGAAACCGAUAACAUCCUCAAAAAGGAAAUGAGUUCUGCAAGCGUUCGGCUGGAAGAAAACGUUGUUUGGAAACCCAAGGGGUUCUUUAAUAGUUUUGGUCUUCUUAUAAGAGAGCAAUCGCAGAGGUGGCUUUGGUAUGUUGUGUUGACAAUUGGUUGUCUUGGUGCAGGAUGUAUGUCUAUCUCAUUUCAUUUCACGGUUUGAAUCAACGUCGCGCUGCUAACCUUACACGUCAGCAACGCAACCAAUUCAAGCCUAUCUGUUCGCUCAGAUCAUCAAUGUGCCGGUUUUUUCUGGUGGUGCUCUGACAGGUGCUGUUAACUAUUGGGCCUUGCGGUUCGUAUACCUUGCGAUAGGCGCUGGAGUAGCUUAUUUCACUAUGGGCUAUUCUUCUCAUGUAAUUUCUGCUGUAAGUACUUCCUUACCCCUCGGUGCUUUGGAGAAUGGUCUCUGACAUGUGGAAAUGAAGCAUAUCGCAUGUACAUCCCGACAGCAGUACUUUGAAAACAUUCUCGCGAAACCAGUAGCCUUCUUCGACGAAGAGGAUAACUCUUCUGGUACUCUGACUGCGAGAGUGGCGAAUGACCCUACUCAGCUUCAGCAAAUGUUGGGAGUCAAUAUGGGAAUGGUAUACAUUGCACUAUUCACCUUAAUCGGUUGCAUCGCCAUCUCAUUUGCAUUUGGGUGGAAGUAAGAUUCAUUCCUCCCAUUUCAUCAACCCAACUAACCCUUGCACAGACUUUCAAUCCUCGCUAUAUUCGUGACCAUGCCCGUCAUUCUCGCUUGUGCAUUCUUCCGUCUGCGCUAUGAACUUCAGUUCGAAGCUAUGAACCAAGCCGUCUUCGCUGAAUCCUCGAAAUUCGCUGCGGAAUCUAUUGGCGCCUUCCGAACCGUCACUUCUUUAACUCUCGAAGAUAUAAUUUCGAAGAGAUACUCAACUUUAUUGCAGGAUCACGUUGAUAAGGCCUUCAAGAAAGCGGGAUGGACGACAUUGGUUUUCAGUGCUAGUGAUAGUGUUUCCUUACUCUGCAUGGCUCUCACAUUUUGGUAUGGUGGACGAUUACUUUCCACCAUGGAAUACGGGCCUGUACAGUUCUUUGUCGUGUACAUCGCCAUAAUCAACGGCUCCGAGUCCUCGGGUUCUCUCCUCUCGUUCGGUCCAAAUAUGGCACAAGCUGCCGCGGCCGCAAAUCGUAUUCUCAGUUUCCGCAUUCGUCCUCAGAGUGAUGCGAGGAAGAAUCUGGAGAUGCAGAAUACGGAGGGGGGUGUGAAGAUUGAAUUGCAGAACAUUUGGUUUAGAUAUCCUACGCGAGAUACCCCUAUUUUCCAGGGUUUGAACUUAACGGCAUGUCAUCCUUUCCCUUCCAUUUUCCCCACCCCGUUCCUAUCGCGUUCCCAAAUUCCGAGAUACGAAUCUCACUAACACCAUACCAGAUCGAAAAAGGCCAAUUCGCAGCAAUAGUAGGCCCCUCUGGCUGCGGCAAAACCUCCAUCAUCUCCCUCCUCGAAGCCUUCUACCCGCUGCAAAAAGGCCACAUCCUCCUCAACGGCACACCCCUCACCGACCUCGACACCGCAAAGUACCGCUCCAAAAUCUCCCUCGUCUCCCAGGAAUGCACCCUCUUCCAAGGCACCAUCCGCGAAAACAUCCUGCUAGGCGUCCCCUCCGACACGCCCACCCCGCUCCUCCACCAAGCCUGUCGCGACGCCGAGAUCCACGAUUUCAUCAUGUCCCUUCCCGAGGGGUACGAUACCGAUGUCGGCAAUCGGGGGAUUGCCCUGUCUGGGGGCCAGAAACAACGGUUGGGGAUUGCGCGCGCGGUGAUUAGGGAGCCGACGGUGCUGUUAUUGGAUGAGGCGACGAGUAGUUUGGAUAGUGAGAGUGAGAGGGCGGUGCAGAGGGCGUUUGAGAGGGUGGGCAAGGGACGGACGGUGGUUACAGUUGCGCAUCGGUUGGCGAGUGUGCAGAGGGCGGAUGUUAUCUUUGUGCUGGGUACGGGGGGUGUACUUGAGAAGGGGACGCAUGAGGAACUGGUUAGGAAGAGGGGGGUUUAUUGGGAGAUGUGCCAGAGUCAGGCGUUGGAUCGGUGAGUGUGAGAGAGCCGGUGGUGGUUGGGAGGGAGUAGGGGGAUGUAGCAUUUUGGGAAGGAAAUAUCCGCUUUUUGAUGAUAGAUACCUGAGCUUGAUAUGUAGAUUAGCUCGAUUUUGCAACUCGCUUAAGCUGUUGUGGUUUACUCCUUUCUCGUUAUGGGAUCAGAAGGAGAGGGGUAAAACAGAAACUCCACUUGCUAUUCAGAAAAAUAAUUAAUUAAUCG